AUGGGACAUCUCUUGAUGCUAAAAAAAGUCGUUAUCCGGAACAAUGUCAACUGGGACAUAUGCCCCACGUCUGGCUCCAGUGGGCCAAAUCUCGUUUGCCUUCCUCGCCUCGAGCACCUUUCGACCGUCUUCUCACACGUCCGUGGCGAGUUGGUCGCUAACGCCAACCUCCCAGCCCUUCGGACGCUCGAACUAACGGAUCAUGUUUCAGACCCGUCAACUACCAAGGAGCUGCUUGCUAAAACACCCAAACUGGAGCGUUUCAGCUAUUUUUUGGUCGAGGACACAGACUCUCUCCUGUGGAGCGAUGUCGACGACACAGCACAUGAGGAUGAGUGGUCCGCCUUUGCCACGAACUUGGGCGGCGUUGCCGCAACGCUAAGGGUACUAAAGAUAUACGUCGAUUCCAAGCCGCCUGAUUACCCAGAGAGAUUUGAGGACCCGGAGACCGGUGCGUGGGCGAAAAAUGCCUCGAACCGUCGAGGGGCCAUCGGUUCUCUCACACACCUGCACAACCUGACUAAACUGGAAAUACCCAUGCAUGUACUCUUCGGCUAUCGCCCACACGGCACCAGGCUUCGGCACAUACUGCCACCUAGCCUGAGAAAGCUCUACCUACGCGACGACUUCGCCUACUCGGGGGAUAUAUAUGAUGCCCCUCCCAAAUUAGUUAUUCCAGCCUUGCAGUCAUACCUCCUCGAGUCCGAGCCCGACGGCAAGGUGCUCUCCCUGCAAGAACUCCACUUCAAACUGAGAACAAGCGACAUGGAAGAUGGACUACAAAUCGACGAGCAGCAUCCCCUUAGGCGUCUGGAGAGCGUUGCUCGGCAAGCGGGGGUGAGAUGCACGGUACGCUUCCGCGUGGAGCACGCAGCUUCCUGUCCCCCGAGUAUGAGUGUAUUAUGUGGAUGA